AUGCCGCUGACGGUCAAGUCUCUCAACGGCGACACUACCUUUCUCCUCACCUUCUCGCCCCCUAGUGCGCCGGCUACGUCGCCGGCACUCUUCCCGGGCUCCUUCACCAUCCUCAUAGAUCCAUGGCUCACCGGCGCGUCGAGCAUCCUCCACCCAAAGUUCCAAGAAGCGAAGCACAGGAAGCAGCCGUGUGUCGCAUCCCUUGCUGAGCUCCCGGAACCAGACCUCGUCAUCAUAUCGCAAAACAAGCCAGACCACUGCCAUGAAGAGACAUUGCGACAGCUGCCGGCAAACUACGCGUCGACCAUCCUAGCCGCGCCAGCCGCAGCGAAGAAGAUCAGAGGAUGGAAUCACUUCGACCCGGAAGCCGUAAUCGCGCUGCAGAAGUUCGACGAGAAGCGGGAGUCACGCGUGUUCCGACUCUCAGUGCCAUCCCCAUCUGCGAGCGGCUCACCGGGCGAGGUCACCAUCGCGCUCCUACCUCCGCCGAAGCAUGACAUUACUCGCGUGCACAACGCCAUCGGCAUAACCUACCGCCCGCCGUUCACAGUUCUCUCCGCGUCCACAGGCAAAUACAUUGACUUGCCCGCCACGCCACCUGCUUCUCCGCUCUCUCCUAUCAGCAUCAAAAGCGCAACGCCGAAGACUCUUGCUGCGUCGCCCUGCAACGACCGCGAGAGGACGCUGAGUGUGAUCUAUUCCCCUCACGGAAUGCCAUACAGCAUCAUCAAGCCAUACGCCUCCAGUCACCUCGUCGAGGAGGCCGCACUGCCCCUCACGUGCCUGUUCCACUCUUUCGACCGCGUACACAAUCCGUGGUUCCUCGGCGGAACCGUCGCGAACGGGAUGCCUGGAGGCCUGGAGAUUGCGCGGAACCUGCUCGCUAGGGUCUGGGUGGGCGCACAUGAUGAGGAGAAGGAACUACACGGUGUAGCGACCAGCAGGAUUAAAACGCAGAAUUUUGGAAUCAAUGAAAUUAACGAGUUACUGCGCGAGCCGGGGCAGGGAGCUGGGCCUAAAGUCUGGUCGAAUGCCUUUGCUGUCAGUCUGGAAGCUGGUGAGGAGAUCAGAAUUGGCGUGAGGGAGGAUAUCAGAUUGAUAUGA